GGGAAUCUCAGGUGCGUCUCUGGAGAAUGCUAUAGUCUGACUGUGAGAUUGACUGGUCCACCCACAGCAUCACAAGAGCUGCACGAUGCAUUCAACAGCCUCGUGUCCUCAUCGUCACAGCGAGGCCUCCUGGCAACGAUAAAGAACGAAACCCUCGUACCUCUCGAGACUCUACCCGCCAGUGGAGACUUCCGCAGCGAUCUGUCCGGUCUGUCGCAACACCUCAGCAAAGACGAAGCGAGAUACAUUCUGCUCAAGCAAGACGGCUCGGCAGCCGACGGCUAUGUUGCCGUCACAUACGUCCCCGAUACUGCCAAUGUGCGCCAGAAGAUGCUGUUCGCUUCAACACGUCUGACAUUGGUGCGCGAGCUGGGAGUCGAACGGUUCCGCGAGACCGUCUUCUGCACCACUGCCGAAGAGCUUACUCCCGAGGGCUGGGAUCGCCAUGAGAAGCACAACCGCCUGGAUGCUCCUCUGACCGAAGAAGAGGCUGGUCUGAAGCACAUCAAGGAUACUGAGGCACUGGAGAGCGGAGGUACUGGCGGCAGGAGCUUGCCCAGCGCAGGCAUUGCCCUCAACCUAGGCGAUGAAGUGAGCAAUGCCCUUGAGAGCCUCAAGGACUCUCGCGAGGGCUCUCUGGUUAUGAUUACAUUGCACCUUGACGCCUCGAAACAGGACAUCCAGCCAGCCGACCUCAGCUCCGAAAUCAGCUCAUCCGAACCUCGCUACUCCUUCUACAACUACCCUGGUCAGCAAGGUGUUGUCUUCCUGUACAGCUGCCCUAGCAAGAGCAAGAUCAAGGAACGCAUGGUCUACGCUUCGUCGCGCUCGCAGCUGGUCACUCUGGCCUCGAAUGUCGGCUUGAACAUCACANAAAGACUUGAGGCUAGCUCACCAGACGAGUGGUCAGCGAGUACCUUGGCCUCCGAGUUCCAGGAACACAAAGUGGAAAGCAAGAGCUUCGCAAGACCCAAGAGACCUGGAAGAAGG